AUGGCAGCGGCUGUUCUGCUGGCCGUGGGUCUCGUGUCCUUCCCCGUGGGCCAAGCAAGGGCUUUAACGGAGGAGAACCUCGUGUUUUUGGAGGCGUGGAGAGUGGUGGACCGCGCAUACGUGGACAAGAGCUUCAACGGGCAGAGCUGGUUCCGGUACCGCGAGCAGGCUCUCAAGAAGGAACCCAUGAACAACCGCGAGCAGACCUACGCUGCGAUUCGCAAGAUGCUGGCAUCACUGGACGACCCCUUCACGCGCUUCUUUGAGCCGGGCAAGUUCCGCUCGCUCAAGGCCGGGACGCAGGGCCAGCUCACAGGAGUCGGCCUCGAGCUCGGCUUCUCCCUGGAUGGAAAGCAGCUGGUGGUGGUGGCGCCGGUGCCCGGGGGGGCGGCGGACCGGGCGGGAGUGGCUCCCAGGGACGUGAUUUUGAGAGUCAAUGGCGAGGCGGUUAACGGACUUGGACUGUAUGACGCCGCGCAGAAGCUGCAGGGUCCCGCAGACUCCCAAGUUGAGCUGACCGUGCAAAGAGGAGGCGAGGCAGUCAAACAACUCCCCCAGCAGCAGAGUCAACAAAGUCAACCGAGUCAACCACCACAGGAGCUCACAUUCACUCUCACGCGCCAGAAGGUUUCCCUCAACCCCGUUAUCUUCCGAACCUGCGACCUCUCUCGGCAAGCCUCGGCGGCUCUCCUGACCUCUGGGAAUGGUUCGGCAGGCAGCUUCGGCAGCAAUGGGAGCGCUGUCACCCGUGUUGCAGAGGGUGGUGGUGCCGGUGUGGGUGUGGCGCCGGCAGGCAGUGAGGAGAAGGUCCGAGUGGGGUACAUCCGCCUGACCACAUUCAACCAGAACUCGUCAAGUGCCUUAAAGCAGGCACUGGAGCAGCUGACAGGGGAGGGAGCCACGGCCUUCAUUCUGGACAUUCGCAACAACAGCGGAGGGCUGUUCCCAUCCGCCAUUGAGAUCGCCAAGAUGUGGAUCAACAAGGGCGUGCUGGUAUACAUCACGGACAGCCUAGGGGUACGGGACGUGUAUGAGACGAACGGGGAAGGCUCAAUUGCCACCACUCAGCCUCUUGCCGUGCUGGUGAACAAGGGCACAGCAAGCGCCAGUGAGAUCCUGGCAGGGGCACUUAAGGACAACAACCGGGCUCUCGUGUUUGGGGAGCCCACCUUCGGCAAGGGCAAGAUCCAGUCGGUGUUUGAGCUGUCGGAUGGAUCAGGGCUUGCAGUCACCAUCGCGCGCUAUGAAACCCCUGAUCACACCGAUAUUGACAAGUUCCUUCCUGUUGAUCUGGAUCCAACCCAUCUGGCUGCAACGGCAACAGCUUCACCUCUCCUCCUCCCACCGUCCCUCACUCACAUUGAGCUCGCUCGCAGCAGCACCAUCUCAGCUCUCCCCCACUCGCUCUCCCUCCUCACCAGCCUCCAAACCCUCUCCAUUCGACGCUUCUCCUCCCUCCUCUCCCUCCCCUUCCCUGCCUUCAACCACCACCCCCCCACAACAAACGUUCUCAUCGCAAGCUGCCCGUCGCUCGCUCUCCCUUCAAGCUGUCCCUCGCGCCAGCUGUCGCCUUGCCAGGUGUCAGGCCAAAUCGAAGCGUGCCAGCUGGCAAAGCUUCAGGAAUUGAGGAUUGCGUUCUGCAAGAAGUUGACGUGCCUUCCUGAUUCGCUGCACCUCCUCCUCCCCUCGCUCUCUCGCCUCGUUCUUUUCAGCUCCACUGCCCUUUCUACGCUGCCCGAAUAUCUCGAUGCGUUUGUCUACGCUCUGAACCGCAACGGAAUGAAUUUCGGGGACUAG